AUGGACCUGAUCCCAAGCUUUUCCACCGAGACCUGGAUUCUCCUGGUCACCAGCCUGCUGCUCGUUUAUCUCUAUGGAAUCCGCAAACACAGUGUCCUGAAGAAGCUUGGGAUUCCUGGCCCCAAACCUCUGCCCUUUGUAGGAACCGUCCUGGCCUACCGCAAGAGUAUUUGGGAAUUUGACAUGCAAAAUUCCAAAAAAUACGGAAAACUGUGGGGGUUUUAUGACGGUUCGCAGCCCGUGAUCGCCAUCACAGACCCAAACACCAUCAAGACGAUCUGGGUGAAAGAAUGCUAUUCCAUCUUCACGAACCGGAGGGCUUUUGGUCCUGUGGGAUUCAUGAAAUCUGCUGUUUCUGUGGCUGAAGAUGAAGAGUGGAAGAGGAUGCGAACGUUGCUGUCUCCGACCUUCACCAGUGGAAAACUCAAGGAGAUGUUCCCCAUCCUCCGCCAGUAUGGAGAAGUAAUGGUGAAGCAUCUGAGGGAAAAAACAGAGAAGGGCCAACCUGUCGAGCUGAAAAGCCUCUUCGGGGCCUACAGCAUGGAUGUGAUCACCAGCACGUCGUUUGGCGUCAACGUCGAUUCCCUCAACAACCCAGAAGAUCCCUUUGUGCAAAAUGUCAAGAAGCUCAUAAAAUUUGAUUUCCUGGACCCAUUACUUUUCACAAUAACCGUCUUUCCAUUCCUUACUCCUGUUUUCGAAGCAUUAAAUAUUUCUGUGUUUCCGAGAGAUGUUACUGAUUUUUUCAAAAAGUCUGUAAAAAGAAUGAAAGAAGAGCGCCUUAAAGAAAACAAGAAGAACCGGGUGGAUUUACUUCAGCUGAUGAUUGACUCCCAGAAGUCCAAAGAAACCCAUAAAGCUUUGACAGAUCUGGAGCUCGUGGCGCAGUCAAUCAUCUUCAUCUUUGCUGGCUAUGAGACCACCAGCACCACUCUGUGCUUCCUCAUGCAUUUGUUGGCCACAAACCCGGACGCUCAGCAGAAGCUGCACGAGGAGAUUGAUGCCAUUUUGCCCAAUAAGGCCCCUCCCACGUAUGAUGCUGUGUUCCAGAUGGAGUAUCUUGACAUGGUAUUGAAUGAAACACUCAGGUUAUAUCCUAUUGCUGGCCGACUGGAAAGAGUCUGUAAAAAAGAUGUUGAAAUCAAUGGUGUGAACAUUCCCAAAGGAAGUGUGGUGAUGGUGCCAUCUUAUGUGAUUCAUCGAGACCCAGAACUCUGGCCAGAGGCUGAAAAAUUCAUUCCUGAAAGGUUCAGUAAGGAAAACAAGGACAGCAUUGACCCUUACUUAUACCUGCCCUUCGGAACUGGACCCCGAAACUGCAUUGGCAUGAGGUUUGCUCUGAUGAACAUGAAAUUUGCUAUCGUCAGAAUUCUACAGGAGUUCUCCGUGAAACCUUGUAAAGAAACCCAGAUUCCCAUGAAAAUUGGCAGAGAACCAAUUCUCACACCAGCAGUGCCUGUUGUUCUAAAGUUUGAGUCCCGGGUUGGAAUUGUAAAUGGAGCCUGA